AUGAAGUAUCUCUUGAGGUUGAGGUAUGUCCCUGAUCAUUAUCAACGAGACAUACAAAAACGUUUUAGAAAAUUGUCUCAGGGAACAUGGACUGUGGAUGAGUAUUUUGAGGAGUUUGAGAAGCUCAUGAACUCUUUGGAGCUGGAAGAAUCGAGUGAGUCCCUAAUGGCUCAAUUCAUUGAUGGCUUACAAGAGCUUAUAGCCCGAAAGGUGGAGACAUCGAACUACAACAGCCUACAUGAACAACUUCACAAGGCUGUACAAGUGGAGCAACAAAUCCAGCGUAAGAUGUCUUUAAGGAACCAUACUAGAAACAACACGCCUUGGAAUGCAAGCAACAGCCGGAGCAUGGACAAAGGCAAAACCGUAGACAAUGACUCUAGUUUCAAGAACAAUUCUAGUGAGGCACCUAAAACCUCUAAACUCGAACCAGAUAAGUUCCCAAACACUAGUCAAUCCCGUACCCUUGAUAUUACUUGUUUUAAAUGUCAAGGCAGGGGACACAUGGCGAGAGAAUGUCCGAAGCAAAGGGUGAUGAUUGUCACACCUAGUGGAGACUAUGAGUCUCAAGACGAGCAAGAUGAGUACCAGACUGAUCCGGAGAAUGACAUGGAGUACCCCGACGUAGGAGUACUCCUUGUGAUCGGGUGUAUGUUGAGUGUACUUGUCAACCCCAAGGAGAAAGUUCAAAGGGAAAAUAUAUUCCACACUCGAUGCAUAAUCAAGAACAAGGUAUGUAAUUUGAUUAUUGAUGGAGGUUCUUGUACUAAUGUUGCUAGCAAGUAUAUGGUGGAUAGGUUAGGACUUCAGAAAACAAAGCACCCGAGGCCAUACAAACUUAGGUGGCUUAACGAUGACAUCGAGCUGAAAAUUGUUGAACAAGUUACUGUAUCAUUCCGCGUCAGGAAAUACCGAAAUCAAGUCAUUUAUGAUGUAGUUCCAAAGAGGGCUGGACAUCUUCUUCUUGGAAGACCAUGGCAGUUUGAUCGAGCUACAACUCACGACGGUCGAACAAACCAUUACACUUUCACGCACAAUGACCGUAAGUUCAACCUUGCCCCUCUAAGUCCUUCUGAAGUUUAUGAGUUGCAAAAACACAUGAACAAAGAGGUCGAAGUAAGGACUUCUAACCUUUAUUUGAGAUCCAAUGAAAUUUGUAAAACCAUGAGUGCCCAAGGCACCGUGCUACUAAUGUUGUUCAAAGAAUGUUUAAGUACAGGAACAAGUGAGCUUGAACUACCCGCUGAAGUACAAGCUAUCGAUCUUGUACUAGGUUCUGCUUUACCUAACAAACCAGCUUACAGAAUGAAUCUAGAGGAAUCUAAGGAGUUAGAGAAGCAAGUGCGUGAACUCAUGGAUAAAGGGUACAUCAGAGAGAGCCUCAGCCUGUAUGCAUUACCAGUUCUUUUGGUUCCAAAUAAGGAUGAUGACAUGUUGGAUGAGUUAAGUGGUGCAAUCGUCUUCUCCAAAAUUUACUUGAGGACUGGCUAUCACCAGGUCCGAAUGAGGGAAGGCUACGAGUGGAAAACCGCGUUUAAAACCAAGCAAGGUCUCUAUGAGUGGCUUGUCAUGCCAUUUGGGUUAACCAACGCCCCAAGCACCAUCAUGCGACUAAUGAACCAGGUUCUAAGGUCAUUUAUUGUGAGUAAACAGGACCUACAGGUGGAUGAGGAGAAGAUUAAGGCAAUAAGAGAAUGGCCUACUCCAACAUCGAUUGGACAUGUUUGCAGCUUUCAUGGUCUCACAAGCUUCUACAGGAGGUUUGUCAGGGAUUUUAGUACAAUGGCUGCACCAAUGACUGUCGUGAUCAAGAAAAACGUGCCUUUCUCAUGGGGAGAAGCUCAAGAAGAGUCCUUCGACACAUUGAAAGAGAGGCUCACACAAGCACCGGUCUUAACCCUCCCAGAUUUUGAAGUUAUGUUCGAAGUAGAGUGUGAUGCAUCAGGCUUGGGAAUUGGAGCUGUACUACAUCAGAGAAAAAGACCCGUGGCUUUCUUCAGCGAGAAGUUGAGUAAGGCUACAUUGAACUAUCCGGCCUACGAUAAGGAGCUUUAUGCCUUAGUAAUAAAGUAUAAGAAAGGCAAAGAGAAUGUGGUUGCUGAUGCUUUGUCAAGGAGAUAUGCUCUUAUAGCUACUAUGGAGGCUAAAGUAAUGGGAUUUGAACAUAUCAAGGAGUUGUACAAAGAUGAUCCAGAAUUAGGAGAAUGCUACAAGGAGUAUGGCAAAGGAGCAUACCAAGCAUUCUACCUGCAAGAUGGGUUUCUAUUUAGAGAUAAGCGGUUGUGUAUUCCUCAAGGUUCCAUACGAGAAUUGAUACUCACUGAAGCACAUGGUGGAGGUUUGAUGGGUCACUUUGGUGUCGACAAAACCUUGGCCGUGGUAAUGGAACACUUCUUUUGGCCCCAUCUUAAGAAAGACGUUGAGAGAUUUUGUGCUCGAUGCAUUGUUUGUCACAAAGAAAAAUCCAGGUUACAUCCUCAUGGUCUUUACUUGCCAUUACAUAUUCCUACCGCCCCUUGGGUAGAUAUUUCUAUGGACUUUGUCUUAGGAUUGCCAAACAUUAAACACAAGGAUUCAAUCUUUGUUGUCGUGGACAGGUUCUCCAAGAUGGCACACUUCAUCCCAUGUGACAAGACCAAUGAUGCGACUCACACCGCAAAUUUGUUCUUUAAGGAAGUGGUGCGCCUCCAUGGAAUUCCAAGGACAAUAGUCUCCGAUCAUGACACGAAGUUCUUGAGUCACUUUUGGAAGACACUUUGGACAAAGUUAGUGGUAAACCGAACUCUCUCUACUUUACUUAGAGCCACUCUUGGUAAAAACAUGGCAACAUGGGUUGAUUGCAUUCCUUUUAUCGAGUUUGCUUAUAAUCGCGCUGUCCACUCAGCUAGAAAACUAUCUCCUUUCGAGAUAGUCUAUGGAAUUAACCCUUUGUCUCCAUUAGAUUUAGCACCCUUGCCUCAAAUAGAACAGAGGACAAACCCUUCUGAAGAGGGAGGGAAUGAUGCGGACAUCGAUCCUACCACCCAAACCGUUGAACCAGAUCCUGUACCACAUCCUGUACCAGAAAUACGAGAAGGCCUUGUGACACGAUCAACGGCUAAACAGCUAAGGAAGAGGUUUAACCUAGCUGUUCAAGACAUCGUAAGCUCCCUAGAGCUGAAGGACGUCAACUGGUCUGUACCACCAUCAUGCCACCACAACGAAUUAGAUCACAUUGCUGAGAAAGAGCUUGCUGAAGCCUUCACCCAAAUGAGCCUUGAUCAAACUAGUUCCCCAGGUAUGAAACCUCUUUUGGCAGGUAAAGGAACUUCAAGAAGCCAAGAGAAGACAUUAGAGCUGCAAGAGACGUGUGAUACAAGUUACACCUCCGAAAGCAAUCAAGAUAGUGAAGAUCAAGACCAAGACAUAGAGGACAUGGACGAGCGUCAAGAGACUCAUCUAGAUAAUCUAAAGGAACUCCAGGAAGACUCCUACUUCAAGAAACAAGCCAACAAACAAGUACAAGACAAGACUCCUGAAAUAAUUCAUCGAGUAGUACAAGAAGUGGUUCAGAGAACAUCUAUUGGGCUUAGAUCGCAUCCAGAUUCCACAAGGCUACGUUCAUAUACUGUAUCAGAGACCAAUCACAUCUCUGUGGUGUACUUCGUUCCGCCAACACUUCCCUUUACCGAUCCCACACGAGAGAAGCGACCGCCAUCGUGUCAGAUCUACAUCAUCGACCAUCUUUCCUUCACAAGAGAGAAGCGACCGCCAGCUUGUGAAGCCAUCAUCUCUAUCCCGAAGAAGGAUCCAUCUGAGAAGCCUAUGUUUGGUGACCUUCUUUGA